AUGGAAGAAGUAAAGCUACUUGGAACCUAUGGCAGCCCAUAUGUUUGGAGAGUCAUCUGGGCUCUCAAAAUUAAGGGCGUACCAUUUGAAUACAUAGAAGAGGACAUCUUCAACAAGAGCGAAUUACUCCUCAAGUCCAACCCAAUUCACAAGAAGGUCCCAGUUGUUAUUCAUAAGGGAAAACCAAUCUCAGAAUCCACCCUAAUUCUUGAAUACAUCGAAGAGACAUGGCCGGAGAACCCAUUGCUGCCCCAAGAUCCUUAUGAGAGAGCCAAAGCUCGUUUCUGGAUCAAAUUUGGAGAGGACAAGAUCUUGGCGUUAUUUACAUAUUUUAUAACAGUUGGGGAAGAACAGGAGAAGGCAAUAAAGGAAUGCUUGGAAGUCCUGAAAACAUUAGAAGAAUAUGGGCUUGGAGAGAAGAAAUUUUUCAAUGGUGAUGCAGUUGGAAUGACGGAUUUGGAGUGGGGGUGGAUUGUUUUUUUUAUGGGAGUGCUGGAAGAGGUUGCAGGGGUGAAGUUGGUGGAGGAACAUAGCCUCCCUCGCCUGUAUGCAUGGGCUCAGAAUUUCUCGUCACUCCCUGUGAUCAAGGACAACCUCCCUGAUCGUGGCAAGAUGUUGUCCCUUUUGAAGAGCAAAUUAAAGAGAGAUGUUUAUGACCGAAUAACCCCUCCUUAUCAGCUUUAG